CACUAUCACUUUUCGUUAGUGUUUGUGUAGCCUUUGUGCAGUGAGGACGUGUAUUUAGUGCUUCUUAGUGCUCCCGUGGUCCUUAUUAAGGUUUCACAUGAAACAAUUUCUCCUACACACCGUCGCUAGGGCUUGAGCAAUGAUGGACGUGGAUCAGCCAGUUUCAUCCACUAACGACAAGGAGCAGUCUGCACCGGAUGCCGAAACAGCACAGGAGCUUGUCGCUGAAAAGUCACCCGGGGUUGUUGGGCGUGAAAACGACGAUUUGCCUGCCCUUUUGAUCAGUGACAGUGAGGAGGACGAUCCACCGAAGACACCGGCCGGAGAGGAGGGGAAGAGCAUGGCCAGCGAUAAUUCGGAGCCCGCGAAGCCGGAUGUAGCCCCCGGGGACAUUUCCGGUAUUACACCGAUCGAAAAGACGAUAGUAAGUUUGGACGUUAAGGACAAACAUGACGACCAUGAGGCGAAAAAAGAGCAAACAACAGUGGCUGAGACCGACGACCAAUCCUCACAGAAACCGGCGGAGCGACAGAAACCGGCCUCCCUUUCGCCGCCAGAUGACGAAGACCUUUCACUGGUCGAAAACAUUGAUCUGACCGGUGUUUCCAGUGCCGAGGAAUCGGGCAUUAGCGAGGAACCGAGCAGUGAAAAGCCCGCCCAGAAGGUGAAGAAAGCAACAGUAGCAGCACCUCCGACGACGCCGGCAAAGUCUAGCUCCGAAAUGACCGCACAGGAACUGCUCCAGUCGUUACUGGGAGCGCAAGAGGAAGCAUUUGCUGCGCACCAGGCAUCCGACGCGAAUCGGAGCGAUUUGAUUGAGUUCAAUGACAAAACUGUAGAUCAGCGGAAGGAUGGUGCGAGUGUACCGGAUGAUACGGUUGUAACGCUGGAUGAUACAUCCAUUUGCCUUACGGACGGUAAAGCAAAUGAAGGAAAGGAUAACGGUCUCUCUGGUGUGAGUGUACCGCCGGAAAGCACUGCCACGACCUUACAGCCGAAUUCUGAUAAAGUCGAACAGGCGGCGAUUUCUUCAGAUACGGAAAAGUGCUCCGCUGAUAAACACUGCGAAUCGGGAACUCAAGGUGCCAUCGUGCCAGCGGUGGACUGUUCAGACGCUGUACCCAUUGAUGAAGAUGUAUGUAUGCUUGAAGAAAUGCCAAAUGUAGCUAAAAGUCAACGGCAGCCCGAGGCUAACGAAGGUCGCAGCUCUCCGUGCAUUAGCGAAAAACCGGAAGGUACCAGCACCGAUGUUGCGAAAGAUGUUGCACGGGAUAAACCGGCGCCGGUUGGGAACGAUAAUGGCGAUCAUGCGAAAGUAACCGAUACGGAUGCUGACCGGAUGGAUGAGAGCGAAGCGUCCGAAGCAAAUGAACCGCCCAGGAAAAAGGCCCGCUCAAUGAGUGCGGCCGAUGAGUACCCGUCGACUGAGCCGGCCGAUAGUUCGUCCCAUGGAAAACAGCACGAAACUCGGGAAGGAAAAGAGCAGUCUGCAACUGAUGCUGCUAACAUAGAUAAUUUAAAUAACCCUUCAAAAGAACAGAUGGAUGUACCUGCUAGGUUGAAUAUCGAUUUGCUCGAAGCGCAAGCUAAGUCGGCGGCGGUAGACUCACUUAGACCAAAUGCGGAAACACGCAGCGGUGCGGCGCAUGAAAAUAACGCCACAGAACAUAGUAACCCUGCAAAUAAGCAGUGCGUCGCAGCAGAUGCUAAAAAGCGUACCACCGCCCCAGAACCCUCAGUAUACCCAUACGUGUUGGUGAUAGAUGACGACGACGAUGAGGACGAGGCCGACAAAAAGACUGCCGGUGACGACACGAAAGUCCAAAGUAUGAACCACUCUGAUAAAAACGUGAUGGCGGACUCUGCUCCAGCGGAUGGGAAGCAAAGCAGUGAUGCUGCGGCGAAGCAGUCCGUUGCGGUCGAAUCGAAAGUACGACUCUCACCCAUUCCUCCCGAGCUGAAGAGCGCCGUACCGAUGCGGAUGGAUUUUGUGCGAAGGUUUUGCAAACCGUUCACGGAAAUGACGCGCUCCGAUUUGGAGCAACUGGUGCUGCAGAAGAUCAGCGAAGCGCUGGUGUACAAAUCGGAUAAUGCCGCACUGCGAGCGAUUAUCAAGAAACAGGCUGUAAAGCUGCAAGGCUUUGAGCGCAGCUUGGCGGACAUGACGAGCCACUAUGAGGCGCUAAAGCUGGUCGCCGAUCGAGCGGUAGAGGACAUGAAAAAGCGCGCCAACACUUACAUCGCACCGGUGAAAAUUACUCGCGCUGUUGGGCUGCAAGUGUCGAGGGGUGGAUAUGCAGCGGAGCCCGGGACGGGUCACAAGCCGUCCAGCAGUAGUUCCGGAAAACGGAAGGGUGAAUCAGCUGCCAUGGCGACAGCAGCGGUGAACGGUGUUAGUGAGCAUGGCGGCGGUAUGCGCGAGGUUUCCAGUGAGAUAGCGAAAAGGCCCGGCCAGCAGGCAGUGAUCGGUGGGGUGCAGCGUGUCACAGUGCAGCGGCAUCAUGUACCGAAUAAUGCACCGCAGAUGAUAACAACUCGCACGAGCCCGAACAAUUCCACUACGGCAAACGGGGUGGCACGAUCAUUCAAACCUUAUGUUGCGAAGCUUAGCAAUACGGUGACAACGGUUGCCACGUUCACGCCACCUUUCACACCGAACAGACUGUCAAUCAAUGCCGGCGAUGGUUCAAACGCAGUACCAGCGCCCAACAAUACUCCACCACCCCUUGCCAGUGCCGCGACAAGCAGUGACUCCGGAACUAAUAGCGUUUCGCCUGGAAUUGAUAGUCCUGUGCGCAAAAAGCAACUGCAGAAAAUUACUCCCAUGCGGCCUCCAUUGUCAGCGUACCAGCAGGCGCAGCAAGAGAAGCAAGCACGGCAGCAACAGGAGCUUCUGCUGCAACAAAUACACGAGCAGAGCCAGCAAGUGCAACGGAAAGCGCAAACCAAUGCCCGACAAGAUGUGCAACCGGGUGAAAAUUCCCUCGCCCGACCUGGUGUGGAUAACUCUAUCCGACCACGCCCGGUAAAUGUCCAAGCUCGUGUGUUGAAUAGCAACCCGCCCCCUCUCGCAACGAGCAGCUUCCAACUGGCUUCGGUCAGUGCGUUGCGAACUUCUUCCACCACUGUAAGCUCCACCACGUCGCUGUCGACCCAGAAAAGACCGAACCCUCAACCAUCGUCCACGGUUGUUUCCUCCUCUGUGGACGACUCUUUGAUCGAUUUGACGGAGGAAGAUGAAACGCAGGGUGGGGAAGGCGAUACGACCUCGUCGAAUGCUGCCAAGCGGCCGAGACCUUCUCUGAAUGGUGCGCAAACGUUUGCAUUAGCACAAGCGCCUACAGCAAUUCCAACCUCACAGGUUGCUACCAACCAGCUGAUGCGCAUACAGGCAAGGCUUGCCAAGCCCGACGGCAGUGGAGCUAUUGCUACCGUGGCGUCAAACUCGCCAGUCGUCAGUCCAGUAUAUCAGCAUAAUGGUGUCGUUGUACGACCUGCGAUAAACGUUAAACGCGUAAAUGCACCACCGUUGCAACCAAUCCGCCAACCCAUCUAUACUAGCAGUGUGCCACGGCCUCCGGUUUCAUCCACAGAUCAAGCGUUGAUGAAAAAGCGCAUCGUAGUGAAACCGUCCAUACAAGCUCUAAUUGUGCCGCUCCCACCACCUGGACCGCAACCGGAAAACGAUCCGUCGUGGAAAUUGCCCCCACCACAGCCAACUAUAUGCGUGAAUAAUGUACAAACUGGCAUCGUUAUAUCCUGGUUAAUGCCUACCCUCGACCACAGGCAUUCCGAAAUCGAAAACUAUCAGAUCUAUGCAUAUCAGGAGUUAGCGGUACCGAACGCGGUGGAAGAAUGGAGGCAUGUCGGUGACGUUAAGGCACUGCUCUUGCCAAUGGCGGUGACGCUCACCCAGUUCCAGGAAGGGCAGCGUUAUUACUUCGCCGUACGUGCUAUCGACAAACACAAACGUGUAGGAAUGUUCAGUGACCCGCGCACCUGGAGCGAAUGCAGUGUGUCCAAUGCUUAGAGUUAAGAGUUAUCUUAAGUUAGCCGCGUUUGAAAUAAUGUCUAGAACACGGUCUUUCGCUGCAUCAUAUAAUAUGCUCAUAAACAUGGCCAACAAACAAACCUUCUUUUUAGUUUUGCUAGAGACCGACUGACUUGUUCGAUUAGUUGUAAAAUUUCAACUCCGUUGUACAUACUCUUUUAACUCCACUUUCAAACGAAAGAAACUAGCUUUCAGCUGAUGAUCUACAUCUAUCCUCUUGUUAAAUUAUCUUUGUAUGUAUGGUCUUCGUGUGUGUGUUCAGCUGGGAGGAACCGAAUAGUCCAAAAAGCGUAGGUCCACCAUUUUGAGUUAUCUGUUCCUAAUAACUCUUAGAAUUGCGUGGUGCAGUACAAUGAAAUUCAUAAGAAGGUGAGGCGUGCUAUGCUGGAACUAUCUAUUAACAAAUGAUUCUGUACAACACGUGUUCUGCGCAAAACGAUCUGGAUGUUAGAAUCUUUAACAACAAAAAAUAUACAUCGCCCAAAUAUUUAGUCAUGGCAACUUAGGCAAUUUUAUCUUCAGAACGGAAUACAUUAGUAAACGGAUUGAAUAACAAUGGCUGUCAGUAACGUCACAAUUCAUGACAUGUUUUUAAAAGUACCAGAACGAUUUGUACGCAGGACCCUGCAGGCGGCUGGCGAACCUAAAAAGGAGGAAGUGCCGUUGUUUUCAUACCAGCGCAAAAUGAUGUCAACAUGGACGAGACAAGGUGGUAAAACGUGCAGUUGUAGAACCUCCAGUGUUCCUUCGUUAUGAACGAAUAAGAAUAAAUAAAUAAAUAAUUGAAUUAUG